CGGAACGGAGAUGGGACCCUGCUGCUGGAGGGCGGUGGCCGUGACGAGGGGCCGCGGAGGACCCCGCAGGGCAUCGGGCUCCUGGCCAAGACCCCCCUGAGCCGCCCUGUGAAGAGGAACAACGCCAAGUACCGGCGCAUCCAAACUUUGAUCUACGACGCCCUGGAGAGACCGCGGGGCUGGGCGCUGCUCUACCACGCGCUCGUGUUCCUGAUCGUCCUGGGCUGCUUGAUCCUGGCCGUGCUGACCACGUUCAAGGAGUACGAGACUGUCUCGGGGGACUGGCUCCUGCUGCUGGAAACGUUUGCGAUUUUCGUCUUUGGAGCCGAGUUUGCUCUGAGGAUCUGGGCCGCUGGCUGCUGCUGCCGCUACAAAGGCUGGCGGGGACGGCUGAAGUUUGCCAGGAAGCCCCUGUGCAUGUUGGACAUCUUCGUGCUGAUUGCCUCUGUGCCCGUGGUCGCCGUGGGCAACCAGGGCAAUGUCCUGGCCACGUCGCUGCGGAGCCUGCGCUUCCUGCAGAUCCUGCGCAUGCUGCGGAUGGACCGCAGGGGCGGCACCUGGAAGCUCCUGGGCUCGGCCAUCUGCGCCCACAGCAAAGAGCUCAUCACCGCCUGGUACAUCGGCUUCCUGACCCUCAUCCUUUCUUCGUUUCUUGUCUACCUGGUGGAGAAAGACGUGCCGGAGGUGGAUGCGCAGGGAGGAGAGAUGAAAGAGGAGUUUGAGACCUAUGCAGACGCCCUUUGGUGGGGCCUGAUCACACUGGCUACCAUUGGCUACGGAGACAAGACACCCAAGACGUGGGAAGGCCGUCUGAUCGCAGCCACCUUCUCCCUCAUCGGCGUCUCCUUCUUUGCCCUGCCGGCCGGCAUCCUGGGGUCUGGGCUGGCGCUCAAGGUGCAGGAGCAGCACCGGCAGAAGCACUUUGAGAAAAGGAGGAAGCCAGCCGCUGAGCUCAUUCAGGCUGCCUGGCGGUACUACGCUACCAACCCCAACAGGAUCGACCUGGUGGCCACGUGGAGGUUCUAUGAGUCAGUCGUCUCUUUUCCGUUCUUCAGGCAAGAACAGCUGGAGGCAGCAGCCAGCCAAAAGCUGGGUCUCUUGGAUCGGGUUCGCCUUUCUAAUCCUCGUGGUAGCAAUACUAAAGGAAAGCUAUUUACCCCUCUGAAUGUAGAUGCCAUAGAAGAAAGUCCUUCUAAAGAGCCAAAGCCUGUUGGCUUAAACAAUAAAGAGCGUUUCCGCACCGCCUUCCGCAUGAAAGCCUACGCUUUCUGGCAGAGCUCCGAAGAUGCCGGGACCGGCGAUCCCAUGGCCGAAGACAGGGACUACGGGAAUGACUUCAUCGAAGACAUGAUCCCCACCCUGAAGGCCGUCAUCCGAGCCGUCAGGAUUUUACAGUUCCGUCUCUAUAAGAAAAAAUUCAAGGAGACGCUGAGGCCGUAUGACGUGAAGGAUGUGAUAGAGCAGUAUUCCGCAGGGCACCUCGACAUGCUCUCCCGGAUCAAGUAUCUUCAGACCAGAAUAGAUAUGAUUUUCACCCCCGGGCCACCAUCGACUCCGAAGCAUAAGAAGUCUCAGAAAGGGGCAGCGUUCACCUACCCAUCCCAGCAGUCUCCCAGGAACGAACCCUACCUAGCCAGAGCAUCCACAUCAGAAAUGGAAGACCAAAGCAUGAUGGGGAAGUUUGUGAAAGUCGAAAGACAGGUGCAGGACAUGGGGAGGAAACUGGACUUCCUGGUGGACAUGCACAUGCAGCACAUGGAGCGGCUGCAGGCGCACAUCCCCUGCUACAACCCGGCCAAGGCCACCUCCCCGGCCGCGGAGGAGGAGAGAGGGGACCCCCGGGAUUCGGAAAUGAAAACCAUCCUUUGCAACUGUUCUGAGACGGGGCUCCCGGACCCGUCCUUCAGCUUCCAGCAGGUGCCCAUCGACAAAGUCGGCCCCUAUCGGUUCUUCGCCCACGACCCCGUGGGCCUGCCCCGGGGGGGACCCGGAUCUGGCAGGGCUCCCGGGACCCUUUCCUCCUCCACCCCAGCGUACAUGGAGCGGCCCACCGUCCUGCCCAUCUUGACGCUUCUCCCGUCCCCCACCGACCCACACGGCCUCCGGCAGAGACGCAGCUUCACGCGGGACAGCGACACCCCCCUGUCCCUGAUGUCGGUGGACCACGAGGAGCUGGAACGGUCUCCCAGUGGCUUCAGCAUCUCCCAAGACAGAGACGACGUGUUUGGCUCGGGCGGUGGCUCGAGCUGGAUGCGGGAGAAGCGGUAUCUGGCUGAGGGCGAGACAGACACGGACACGGACCCCUUCACGCCCAGCAGCUCCAUGCCUCUGUCCUCCACGGGGGACGGGAUCUCGGAUUCCAUAUGGACCCCAUCCAACAAGCCCGUGUAAAGGGGUCCUGGCUGACUCCGGGGAAUGUCCACAGACUGUAUAGCUCACUUGCUCUCACGCCUGACACUCACCAGUGCGGUCCCCAGUGGCCACAUCCGACGCCUGCAUGUGCGUGACGGCCCCCAGCAGGGGCCAGCCAUGGCCUGUCCUCCCACGCCACCGCCGUGAAGCCGCUUCCUUUCAGCAUGGUCUGCAUGCCCUGCACUAGCUCAGUGGUCCGCUCACCUCCUCGGGACACACGCUCACCUGCUCUUCUUCUUUUUGCUCGCGAUCGGACCAGUCCAGGGAGAGAUCACCCACGAGCUCUUCAUCUGUCUGUCUGGUUGGCAGUUUGGGUUUGGGUUUGGUAAGCAGGAAGGUAGUUUAGGUUCUUUCUCUGGUCACCACCCCUUUCUGUAAAACAGGCCCGUGGUUGGUCGGCUGUGUGUGAGAGCAGCCACCAGUGCUCUCACAUGCCAGUGAGGGUGUCUCCUGAGCUAAGAUGUCAGGAGAGGAGUGAGAUAGUCCCACAUCGACAAAACCAAGAACCUUCCAAAUUGUUUCAGUGAGGCCCAGCCUUCUGAAAGCCCUCCACAGGACCUCGCGUGGUCUGCCAUUGUCUAGUGUCAUGCCUCAAUUUCCUCAUUGUAAAAAAUGGUGGUUGUCCCAGUGUAGCAUUUCCAAUGAGUUAUGAGUUGGCGGGGAGAAAACACACACACACACAUUUAAAGAGUUGCCAAUUCCUGUAGCCAAAGAUGGUGACAUUGAUCAGAAGUGGGGUGCCCCUCUGCACAGCAGCCAAGUUCAGUGCCUUCAAAAUGAGGUUCCCACUCACACCCUCCCCAUGAGACUGACACAGGACACCCAUCUCAAGUGGAAACCGGAGUCACAGGGCGCAUGGCCUGUCUGGUCCACGUCUCUUUGUAAAACUGCGAAACCUUCGGCCCAGCUCACGUGACGUGCCCGGGGCCACGCCGUUGUCCCUGGAGAGCUGGGCCCGGAGCCCCGUCCGCUGACUCGCUCUGUUCCCUGGGCUCCUGGCCGCACCGCCCUGCCCUUCCUGCAGGGGACCCGGGAAUUGUGCCAAGACACCUGCACCCUGUGUCGUGUGCAAAGCACUUACCACAGUUUAUCCAGGAGGAGGGAGUUGUCUGCUCUUAUUUGCCAGAUACACUUCCUGAUGCGUUGUGUUUGGGAUCCAGAAAAAAAAAAA